UCAACCUCGGGGACACGUAUGCAGUCUCCUGGCAAAUCCCUGAGAGAAGCUCUGUUCUCUGCUCAGAGUGAGGAUCGCCUCACUGUUGGAGUCUAUGAGAGUGCCAAAAUAAUGACUGAAGACCCAGACAGCGUGUCUUUCUGUGUCCUGGCCAUGGAUGAGGAGUUUGAGUGUGACAUCGCUCUGCAGAUCCACUUCACCCUCAUCCAGUCCUUCUGCUUCGACAACGACAUCAGCAUCGUCCGAGUGAGCGACAUGCAGCGCCUGGCUGAGAUUGUUGGUGACAAGGCUGAGCAGCUUGAAGAUGCUCACUGCGUCCUCAUCACGAACCCAGCUGAUGGUUCAUGGGAGGACCCUGCUCUGGAGAAGCUGCACCUGUUCUGUGAGGAGAGCCGCAGUCUGAGCGACUGGGUUCCUGAGAUCACCCUCCCUGAGCGCUGA